UGGAACACAAACUGUGAAUUCUUUCAGUCAGUCAGUCGGUCAAUCGAAGUUGUCUCCGUCUGUAGCGGAAAAAACAAGAAAAUCCAAAUUACCGUUAAUACUGCUCCCUUCACACAGUUAUCAUCCUAAUCCCGCCAUUGGACGUUUGUGGUCAUCAACCAUCAGCCAUCAGCCAUAAGCCCCAUCUCCUCCCCACUCCAAGCAACCGACCACCUCCAAUGCCGCUCAAUGUUUGACGGUAAUGGCAAGGCACAAUCGCAAUCCGGUUCCGGAGAUGUUUAGCUCGAGCGAGGACGACCUUGCAGCAGACAGUGAGCUAGAGCCAAACGGUGCAAUGGAGGCGGUAGCACCCAUCCUCAACUGUCGCCUCUAUCUGGCGAUAAUGGCGCGGGACGGCUGCCUGCGGCAGACGGAAAAAUCGUUCUACUUCACCGCGGACGAGCAGCUGGUGUACGAAAACUUUUACCGCGACUUCGGGCCGCUGAACCUCGCGAUGCUGUACCGGUACUGCGAGCGGCUCAACCAGGAGCUGCGCAAGGACGAGCUGGCGAACAAAAAUCUCAUCCACUACACGGCGAAGGACCCGAAGAAGAUACUGAACGCCGCGUUCCUGAUCGGGUGCUACAGCAUCAUCUACCUGCACGCGACGGUGCAGAGCGCAAUGAAGGCGCUCGCGCCCGUGCUGAAGCACGCGGGCGGCACCAAGUACUGCGAUGCGUCCCAGACCGAGCUGCGCUACCUGUCGCUCAAGGACUGCUUCGGCGGGGUGCUGAAAGCGCACCAGCGCAACUUCUUCAACUUCCAGGACUUUGAUCACGCCGCGUACGAGCACUACGAGCGGGUGGACAACGGCGACCUGAACUGGAUCGUGCCGGGCAAGUUUCUCGCGUUCUGCGGCCCGCACUGCCAGACGCACGUCGCGAACGGGGUGGCCGUGCUCGGGCCGGACGCCUACCUGGAGUACUUCCGGCGCAACCACGUCACGACCGUGGUGCGCCUCAACAUGCGCAAGUACGAUGCGAAGGCGUUCACCGAGGCGGGCUUCCAGCAUCACGAUCUGAUCUUCCCGGACGGCAGCAAUCCGGACGACGACAUACUGCAGCAGUUCCUGAAGAUCUGCGAGUCGACCGGCGGUGCCGUGGCCGUCCACUGCAAAGCUGGACUGGGCCGUACCGGCACGCUGAUCGGUGCGUACCUGAUCAAGCACUACCGGUUUACCGCGGCGGAAGCGAUCGCCUGGUUGCGCGUGUGCCGCCCCGGCUCGGUAAUUGGCCAGCAGCAGCUGUGGCUGAAGACGAAGCAGACGGAGCUGCUGAACGCGGGCAACCAGUUCCGCCAGUACUACCCGCACCACACGCCGGAGCGGCACACGUACGGCAUCUACAGCCUGCAGCAGGGCUGGAGUGGGACAAACAGCACCGCCACCACCGCCAUCACUAACAGCAGCACCACCAACGCUACUGCUGCGCAGGUGGAAGAUGAUGACGAGGAGGAGGAAGAGGAGGAGGAAGAGGAAGAAGAAGGAAAUGGACGAGUGGGGGAAGUGCAGGAGGACGAGGAGGAGGAGGAAGAUGAAGAGGAAGAGGAGGAGGAGCAGGAGGUGGAGGCGGUGUUGCUGCACGAGCACGUGCGGGGCAUAUCACAGCAGGUAGACACGAUGCGGCUCAGCGAUGAGAGCGAGCGGCAGAUCGAACGCAUGGAAGCGGCAGCUGCUAACCAGUACAACAAUAAUACCCUUCACUUCAAGACUGCCCGGGCGAAGAAGGUGACCGCCACCAAGCUGCUGUCCUCCGCGUACCUGCUGGCGAACCGGGCGCACGGGGGGAGCCGCACCGGCGCGCUGCACGCGGCGACCGGCCGGCAGGCGGCGGCGGUCGCGCACGGCCACCGGACGACGGACGCGAUCGUACCCCCGCUAGCCGGCAGUGCCGCCCCGCCCCACCGUACUGGCUCGCAAAAGGCACACGGUGGACGCGCCAAGUUAACAAACACCGGCCGGCAAACGGUGCACGGUCGGCAGACGGAAGUGAUCGUGGUGACAUCGCUCACCGGUACGCAGGCGGCUCACCAUCAACGCACGGCAUCGCAAGACGCGUCGCAAGGUGACCAGCUGAACUCGAUCAAAGCGGCGCGACGGCGCCGCGUGCCGACGGCCGCCGGCUUCCUGCAGCAAAGGAGUGGAAGCAUUAAAGUGGCGCAGCAGCAGCAGCAGCAACAGCAGCAGCACCACCACCACCACCAUCACCACCAAUCGCCGCUAGUGCGGCAGGCGGAAGGGAAUGCAGCGGGUCGGCCGGACAGCAACCGAGCCAGAACCGGUGGAACCGGUAGUGCCAGCAGUGCCAUUGCCUCCCACAGCCUCAACGGGAACGUUGAAGGUAGCGCCGCCGCGGCAACCGCACGGCAAGGGACGGACAGUCGGGCACCGCCGCACCACCGCCCGUCCAAAGCAGUCCGGCCACCGGGUUCGUGCAGUGGAACUGCCCAUCCACCUGCCAGCGACGGCAGUAAAACGCGCACCGCAAGCGCAGCGACCACCAUCGUCGCCGGCAGGGCAGGCAGUGAUACCGGCAAGCGGUCGCGACACGAAACGAUGGAAGGAACGCUGAAUGUAUCGUUUUGUGCACCCAAGGAGUUAUUGUUCCAGGCCAAAUUCAAUUUGAUGUGGUUGCUCGGCAACAGCCAGAUAGCAUUUCACUGCCGGUGUACUGCGGAAAUGUUGAUUACGAACAGCUUUUCCCGCAACGGGUUUGCCCCAAUUACAAAGCACAUGUUUGUGCCGGUGGAGGUGUAUGAGCCGACACCGGGGGCCGAGCUGAUGUUAGUGCUAACGGGGGAUAUGAAAACUUUCAUUGGCUUUGACCCGAGCAACUUAGCCCAGCAACGGGUGGCCGAUACUUUGGAAUUUGGGUUGCACACGGUGUUCGAUAAAACUGUUAACGAGGCAUGUCAGUCGUUCAUCGGGGAAGGGCAGAAGCAAACCAUCCUCGCGUCCCUAAAGACGGUGCUGCUCCCAGACAUGUCCCUGUCGGUAAGCUUGGCUGUUGAUCUGGGCAGCCUAGCCGGGCUGUUUCCGCUGGCUUUAUUGAUGCAGGCGCAGUCGCAAGGGGCAGCGGAACCGACGCACGAUACGCGUGCCCGGCUGAUUAAGCAGGUUCAUUCGGGCUGCGAAAUGGUACUGCCGCUCAAGCUGGGCGAAGUGCGCGUACCGGCAACAGCAGGGAUCGAUUCGAUGAUGGAAGGGAUGUCGCACAUGCACCUGUGA